GGUUUGCGUUCGGCAGCUGGCUGAGGGAGACGCGCGCUUGCUGUGUAAAGCCAGAAGAAAAGCCCGCCGUCCAAGCACUUCUCACUCUGACUGCUGUUAGCUACGAGUCAUGCAGUCGUCGGUGCGUCACCUCGCUGACACGGUUUCACUCCUGGUUCCCACUGCGCGACAGGGUCGCCGAAGGUUGGCUGCUCACUGGCAGUCCACUAUCCAUCGCGCUCAUCACCGCCACUUACGUCUGCUUCGUCACCGUGGGCCGGGCCGAGAUGGAUGUCCGAUCGCAAGGCGUUCGAUCUGAGACGCUGCGUUCUCCUGUACAACGUGUUCACCACGUUCUUCAGCGCGUAUUCAUGUGCCGCUUCCUGAAGCUCGGCUACUGGGACUCGGCCACACCUUCCUCCCAGGACAUGGACCGCAGCGACAGCCCCGCAAGCCUCGAGAUCAAGCGCCUCUCGUGGUGGCUGUACUUGUUCAAGCUAUCCGAGCUCUCGGACACCGUGUUCUUCGUGCUGCGCAAGAACAAUCGCCAGAUAAGCACGUUGCACGUUGCGCACCACGUGAUCGUGUCGUGGAACAUGUGGCUCAAC